UAUGAUUUGGAAAAUGUUGAUGAGUUUGGUUCUAGUGUCAAUAAUGUUAAGUUUGUAUCUAGUUUAUCACAAUUCUCUAAUUUAGUAUGUGUUAAUUUUCAGAACGUAGUUAUGGAUCGUAGUUGGAUGAGAGCUAAUCGAUUAAGUGAUGAGUUUGAUAAAGGAGUGGUAGAAUUUCUAGAAUUUGCUGAAAAGAAUCUUCCAAACAAUAAGGGGCUUUUUCCAUGUCCUUGUGUUUCUUGUGGGAACCGGGACCCAAAACUUACUAAGGCUGAAAUAAGGGACCAUCUAGCUUGGAAAGGGAUUUGUCAAAAUUAUACACGAUGGAUAUGGCAUGGUGAAGUAGUAACUCCAAGUGUAUCACAAAGAGAGAAAGUAUGUGUAGAUACGGAUGAUCGGCUGGAAGACAUGAUACAUGAUAUUGGAGAAGAAUCAUUCAAGAGAGCGCAUGUGUAUGAUACUUUAUGUAAAGACAAGGAAGAACCUUUGUACCCGGGAUGCACAAACUUUACACGGUUGUCAGCUGUGUUAAGAUUGUUUAAUUUGAAGGCGAAAAAUGGAUGGAGUGAUAAAAGUUUCACUGAUUUGCUUGGAUUGUUGAAAGAAAUGCUUCCAGAAGGUAACACAAUGCCGAAUCGUCAUUAUGAAGCCAAGAAAGUAUUGUGUCCGAUGGGCAUGGAGUAUGAAAAAAUACAUGCAUGCCCUAAUGAUUGCAUCUUAUACAGAAAAGAGUUUGAAAACUAUGAUCAUUGUCCGAAGUGCAAGGCCUCACGCUACAAAAAGAAAGAUGGUGAUUCCAAUGAUGAUGUGAGCACAAAGGGUCCUCCUGCAAAAGUGUUAUGGUACCUACCAAUAAUUUCAAGGUUCAAGAGAUUGUUCUCUAAUGCAAAUGACGCAAAGAACCUUAGAUGGCAUGCAGAAGAGAGAAUUGAUGAUGGAAAAAUUCGCCAUGUAGCUGAUUCUUUGCAAUGGAAGAAUAUUGAUGGGAAUUUUGCCAAAGAGUAG